CGGGGUCCACGGCGGCGCGCAUCCGCAGGGGUGGCCAGGUGGGCGGGCAUCCAUUGGAAUCGAUGGCCCAGCGUCCCAGCUCAACAACCAGACGCGGGGUGACUUUUCUUACUUUUGCCGCGUUGACUCGACGGUGCCCCUUUCUUCCUCUCCACGACUUGAAGCCGGGCUCCUUCCGCAUCCCUUGUUCUGCGGCCCUCUGCACGGCGCUGAGCAAGAAGGUGGUGGAGGUUUCCCUCGUCGCCCACCUCGACGAGGCUGCGGGGCGGGGCUGCUGGUCAGUAUUCAGACUUCUGAAUUUACAUUGCAGGAAUCGUCGAGCUAACCGCGGCGAGGGGAAGCACUUUAGCAGUUCAUUGACUCUUUGCAGUAACACAGCGAGAGAUGGACGGGUUCAUGGCGAGUGCAGCGACGGGGGCGAUGAGCUCCCUUCUGGCCAAGCUCGCCGAGCUGCUCGGGGAGGACUAUAAUAUGCAGAGAGGCAUGAGGCGUGAGAUCGCCUUCCUCAAGGAUGAGCUGAGCAGCAUGAACACGUUGCUUGAGAGGCUAGCCGACUCGGAGAUGCUCGAUCUGCAGACGAAGGAGUGGAGGGACCAGGUGAGGGAGAUGAGCUAUGACAUUGAGGAUUGUGUCGACGAUUACAUGCGCCAGCUGCAGAAUGAGCCACAGAGGCACAGUGGAGUUGUGGGAUUUUUCUUUGGGUAUGUCCAGAAAGUGAAGGACCUUAUUACCCGCCAUGAGAUUGCCGAGCAGAUUCAGGAGCUCAAGGCUCGAAUUGUUGAGGUGGGACACAGAAGGAAGAGGUACAAGAUUGAUGAUACAGUUAAUUUUGGUGGCACCAAUGUGAUCCCUGUUGACCGUCGGUUGCCAGCACUCUAUGCAGAAUUGGGUGGCCUUGUUGGUAUCAGUGUUCCCAGAGAUGAGGUCAUCAAGCUAGUUGAUGAUGGGGCGCAGGGGGUAAAGGUGGUGUCUAUUGUGGGUUGUGGAGGACUGGGAAAGACUACUAUUGCGAAUCAAGUUUACAUAAACAUUGCUGAGAAAUUUGAUUGCCAAGCUUUUGUGUCCUUAACCCAAAAUCCUGAUAUGGUGAUCAUAUUUCAAUCCAUACUGACUCAAGUCAAGAAGGAUGAGUGUGAUAGCACCAGCUCAUGUGACAAGGAACUUCUCAUUAGUGAAUUGAGGGAUUUCCUAAAGGACAAGAGGUACUUUAUUGUAAUUGAUGACAUAUGGAGCACCCAAGUAUGGAAGACAAUUAAAUUUGCUUUGGUUGAGAAUACUUGUGGCAGUAGAAUAAUAGUGACAACAAGAAUUGGUACUGUUGCCAAAAUUUGUUCAUCCCCAUUCCAUGAUCUCGUAUUCAAAUUACGGAUGCUAAGUGAAGAUGACUCCAAAAGGCUAUUCUUUAGAAGAAUUUUUGGCUCUGAGGACAAGUGCCCUCACCAGCUAAAAGACGUUUCGGUUGAAAUAAUUAAGAAGUGUGGUGGUUUACCAUUGGCAAUCAUUACUAUGGCGAGUUUGUUGACUACUAAAUCGGAUACCAGAGCUGACUGGUUGAAGAUUUGUAAUUCAAUUGGUUGCAGGCUUGAGAAAAAUUGUGAUGUGGAGGAAAUGAACAUGAUAUUAUCUCUGAGUUAUAAUCACCUUCCUCAUCAUUUAAAGACUUGUUUAUUGUAUCUAAGUAUGUUUCCAGAAGAUUAUGUGAUCAAGAGGGAUUAUUUGGUAAGAAGGUGGGUAGCAGAAGGAUUCAUUAGUGCACAUGGUAGAAAAAAUUUGGAGGAUGAAGGCGAAUGCUAUUUUAAUGAACUUAUCAACAGAAGCUUAAUACAGCCGGUAGAUUUCCAGUAUGAUGGUAGAGUAUAUACAUGCCGGGUUCAUGAUGUGAUUCUUGAUCUCAUUACAUGCAAGGCAGUUGAAGAAAAUUUCGUAACUGUUGUUACUAAUGGAAAACAAAUGUUGCCCUCACAUGGCAAGGUCCACCGACUCUCACUUGAAUACCAUGGUCUUGAAACUUUAAGAACAAAUCCCAUUGUUACUACUCAUGUUCGGUCCCUGGACAUAUUUAGAUACUCUGAAGAAAUGCUUCCUCUUUCAGGCUUUCGCUCCUUAAGGGUGCUUGAUCUAGACGGCAAUGAGAAUUUGGAAAGUUGUUAUCUUAAAGAUAUAGGGAAGUUAUAUCAGUUGCGAUACCUACGGAUUAAGGCAAGUAAUAUUACACUUCCAGAAAGCAUAGGAGAGCUUCAGUGUUUGGUCAUACUGGAUCUUGUGAGUUGUCUUAAUCUAGGUGAAUUGCCUACAAGUAUUGUUGAACUUCGGCACUUGAAAUGGUUAAUUGUUCCUCGAAUGAACUUGCCAGAUGGAGUUGGGAACAUGCAAGCGCUAGAGUUUCUUUCACUUAUAGUUGUUGACUACACUAUUUCAACAUCCUUAUUGCAAGAGCUGGGCAGCUUGACCAAAUUGAGAACUCUUGAGUUGGAUUGGCGCAUCAAUCCCCUGCACAGGGAUAAAAAAACUUAUGAGGAUAAUUUUGUUUCUUCACUUGGCAAACUAGGCAGUUCGAACCUUCGAUAUUUAAAACUCAUCAGUCCAUGGUCACUAGACUUCUUGUUGGAACCUUGGUCCCCAACUCCACAUCUCCUUCAGGAGUUAGUGAUCAAAGGAUGGCAUCUCAACAAAAUUCCGGUGUGGAUGGUCUCGUUAACCAACCUCACCUACCUGGACGUUGAGGUUAAAGUUAGACAGGAAACUCUCCAGAUCCUUGGAGAUUUCCCUGCCUUACAAUUCCUGAAGUUGUGCUCAAAUGCAGCAGGAUCUGAGGUAAAGUGCCUUGUUGUCAGCAACAGUGGAUUCCGAUGUUUGAAGAAGUUUAGUUUUGUUGGUUGGGUAAAUAUGAUGUUCAAGGAAGGAGCUGUUCCAGUGCUUGAAACUCUUGAAUUUCAAAUCAUAGUGCAUGAGGUGCAGACUGCAUGCAGAUUUGGUCCUCCAGAUUUUGGCAUCAGCCACCUCUCCACCCUAAGGAAUCUUGUUGUCAAUGUUCACUGUGAAGGUUCCAGAGUUAAAGAGGUGGAGGCACUGGAGGCUGCUAUCCGGAGUGCAGCCAGUAUGCUUCCUAAUCAUCCUACACCAGCUUUGCACAGAUUUCUUGAGUCAGAACUGGUAAAAGAAUGACACAGUAAUGGAGAAGCAGCGACAUGAGGAGGACAAGAAGCAGCUAAUAAGCCUUGCGUUGUUCUCCCAAGUGUCUUAAGUUGUAUCAUUGGGCUGCAUGCGAAGGCUCGAGUUGGCCUUUAGGCCCACUUCCCCACAUGGAGUAGAAUGUGGGAUUGAUAUAUUGGAUUGAGCUGCUUCUGUCUCCAGAGGCAUGGAUUCAAGAAAGACCCAGUAGAGGACUAGCAGAUCGAAUCAUGUUGAUGGCAGCUUGGUCAGUGCUCGGCUGCCGAACAGAGGACGAAUCCUUACAAGAUAGAGCCAUCUUUAGAUUAUGUUUUACAUGUAACCGUUUUAUUUGCUUCCAAGUUAAUGAUAGAUGUCAUAGCAAAUUUUUCAUAUGCCCCACAGUGUACUUUUCUGCUUCACUAGUUGCUCAUAUCGUACCAGAUAUGUCUAGCUAUUCCAAGUUUCUGUUGUUUUGCCGAGGAGGGAAAGUCUUGCUUCCAUCUUCUAUGUUAAUCUCCUGCUACAUGCCUACGUUAUUAUCAUCUCUGUUUCUGGCUCA